AGCCAGGCAGAGGAGAAACGUGCAGAAGAAAGAAGAAGGGAGCGUGGAGUGAAUGAGGGCUUCGGAGACUGGAGCAGUCCCGGGACUCGAACCAGCGUCCCCGUGCGCUCACACUCUUUCACACUUCGACUCCGCGCCGACUCUUCAGGUGACAAGGUGACUAAUGGAAGCUGCUCCAGAGCAUCGGAGCUGUUUUGGAUGAGCGCACCUCACAGAGCAAGAAGGCAAAACAAAGAAGAGGGACCACAUCUGCUCAGAGGGGAUAAGAUCUGCCGCCCAUCUGGAUCUGAACAGGGAACCUGCUUGACCUUUUUCCCUCUGUAGAAAGGAAUUUUACGUCCCUGUUAGCACUUUUUGAAAAGGCCAUUCGAUUUAUUUAAUCUUUUUUUAAAAAGUCUUUUUCCAAGCUAACGCGAUGUGCCAUGUUAUUGUCACGUGCCGGUCCAUGCUCUGGACCCUGCUCAGCAUCAUUGUGGCGUUCGCCGAACUCAUCGCCUUCAUGAGCGCCGACUGGCUGCUGGGGUUCCCUCGGUCGGAUUCCAUCAUGAGAGGAGCGGGCGUGGACUCCAGGGAGUACCGGCCGUCGCUCGGCCUCUACAGCCGCUGCCUCCGCGUGGGGACGCGGGGCGUCGGGGUGAGCUGCGGGCCUUACGCCAGCACUUUUGGAGAAGUGGCCAGUGGAUUCUGGCAGGCGGCCAUGUUGUUUCUGGCGGGCGGGACGUUAGUCCUCGGGUGUGUGGCCUGCAUCUCCAUCUUCAGCCUGUGUUUUCAGAGCAUCAAGAAGAAAAGCAUAUUCAACAUCUGUGGUCUGCUCCAGGCUAUUGCAGGCCUGCUGCUGAUGGUGGGCCUCAUGCUGUACCCUGCCGGCUGGGGCUCGGAGAAGGUGAUCGCCUACUGCGGCCCCGACGCCUCGCCUUUCAAGCCGGCUUUGUGUUCGCUCGGCUGGGCCUUCUACGCCGCGAUAGGAGGAACUCUGGCAACUUUCCUGUGCGCCGUUCUGUCCGCACAGGCUGAGAUCGCCACCUCCAGCGACAAGGUCCAGGAGGAGAUUGAGGAGGGGAAGAGUCUGAUCUGCCUGCUUUGAGCCUUUGAAAUGCCCAAGAAAUCGUCCCUGGAGGUGAACAGACUAUUCUCUGAGGGGUUUCCUCCAGGACUGCCGGUUGUUGAUCGAAAAAGAAGCCUUGGUGAAAACUUUCUUGCGCAUUAUGUGUUGUCUUUGUAAAUCUGUAAACGGUGGGAAAAAAAAAAGGGGGGGGGGGGUCUUUUUUUUUAAUCUUCUUUAGGAAAAGACUGUCAGGAACUUAGCUCCACCGCCAGACAAAGGAAUAUCAACUAAUCCAGUGUUUCUCAAGAAGAUAGUUUAUUUUUCUACCACUUUUUUCAUGAAACCAAACCACUGAGCAGCAACAACAGGCGAUUAUUUAAACCAAAUGAUGCUGAGUAUGUACAGUUCUGCUAAACAUGUCAAGCACUGUGAUCAGGGCAGAAUGCAAGUUUGUUAAAUGACACCCUAAAACAAAUCAGUGACCACUCGCCAGUGUGUUAGUUAAAUCACACAACAGUGUGCUGAUGCUGUGUGUGUGUGUGUGAUGGUGCGUCCACCAGUGUGCUCCUAACUUUAGAUACAUUGCUGAAGAGACUGUUCACUUCAAAGGGAGUUCCUCCUGCUAACAGAGUGUUGGUCUGUUACAGCUUCAUAAAUAUGUGUGUUGUGAGUGUGUGUGUGUGUGUGUG